AAGUAGCUAUGUGCAAAAUUAUCUGUUCGUCGGCGUCCCUUCAAGGCUUCAACAACCCUUCGGUAGGGUUCCGGCGACUCCGCAUGGCCGGUCGCCACCGUAACCCGCUGCCUUCUUCCUUCUCCCGCGGCGCCGGUGCUGGAAACCACCCGCACCCUCCUCCGCCCCAUCACCCUCAUCUCCCGCCUUACCACCUCGACGAAUUCCGCGAGCCGCCGCGCCUCCCCCCGCACCACCUCGAUGACUUCCGAGACCCGGCUCGCCUGCCACCUGGCCACCCCGACAGCCUCCGCGAGCAUCCUCCUCUGCCGCGCCACCACUUCGCGGGCCACGGCGGAGGGGCCCUGCCCCCAGCAUCGCACAUGGCCGCGGCGCUGGAGGAGCGUAUCGGCGCGGAGAUUGAGGAGGCGCACGCGCUGCUCGGACAGAACCAGCGACUCUCUGCGACGCACGUGGCGCUCGUGCAGGAGGUCUCCGCCGUGCUGCACGAGCUUGGCCACACCGCUCGAGCCAUCGGCGCUGCCCAGCAAGAGGGAGAUCUCCGUAUUCGUGAGGUCUAUGAGAGGUUAAUGAAAAUGGAAGCAGAGUUCCGAGCAGUAGAGGAGAUGAGAGCGGAACUUGCACAUGUUCGUAUGGACAUUCAACAGCUGGGUGCAGCAAGACAGGAACUCAUGGGUCAGAUUCAGGGAUAUACACAAGAUUUGGCUCGUUCAGCAGUAGAGUUGCAGCAGGUGGCUGCAGUGAAAGCUGAGACCCAAGAACUCAGGCAUGAAACACAGCAUUUAAGAUCCAGUAUUGAGCUUGAGAAGAAAGGAUAUGCAGAGAGUUAUGAGCAGGGACAAGAGAUGCAGAAGAAAUUGGUCUCAGUUGCUUCUGAAGUGGAGAAACUUCGUGCUGAGGUUGCUAAUGCUGAGAAGAGAUCACGAGCUGCUGUAUCUGCAGGCAAUCAAGGUUAUGCUGGAGGCUAUGGAAAUCCUAAUGCCAAUUAUGCUGCAAAUCCUUACAAUGCUGGAUACAGCAUGAAUCAAGCAAAUGCUACUGAUUCUGGUUCUCAGUAUGGGGCUGGGGCAGCGCACAGUUCCUGGGGCGCCUACGACAUGCAAAGAGCUCCAGGACGGAGAUGAAUACCGACAUCCUCCUCCUCUUUAUUUUAUUAUUAAGGCCGCGUUCGGCUCCUCUCCGCUCCCUCCACUCCGCUCCGGAGCGGACCAGGUGCUAGCUCAUUUUCACGGAGCUGCUAAAACUGAGCUCCACGACUCCACGGAGUCGGAGCGGUGAGGAGGGAUUCCGAACAAAGCCUAAAUCUGGUCCUGUUAGCGAAGUAACAAACGGAGAUUUCUGGCACAACCUGAUUUCUGUGCAAUGUUGAUUUAUGACGAGUCAGAUAUGCCUUGUGUAUUUCUUGACCUUUAUCUGAGUGAGUUACAUGCUUAUUGCACGUUUACAGUGAUCUAGGUUACCGCGAAA